AUGAGGUACAGCAGCUUUCUACUCGUAGUCGCAUUUCAUGUAACUUGUACGGGCGCGUUCGUUACACCGGCCAACGCAGCAAAAUCUACAGCUCUUCCAAUGGGUCUCUUCGACGACUGGAGGGCGGGAGGGUCCGGGAAGGAUAGCUUGGACGAAGAGUGGGAAAAGCAGCAAGAAAUAUUGGCGGAACGUCGCAAACCCAAAGCCGAACGCGAUAAGUACUUUGAAAAGGUUGAGCAGCGGCGUCAGCAGGCAUCUGCAAAGCAGAAGGACAUGUGGGCAUGGCAGACGAAGAGUUAUAGCAAAGGUGAAGAUCCAAUUGACGAGUGGAAGAAACGACGUGCAGAUGGGACCAUUUCAGAUCUAGAAAACCAGUAUGGUGAUCCCAAGAAAAUAGGGGGGAUUCCCAUUCCUGGUGCAUCUUUCGGAGUAGGCGGAGAAUUUGGCGUGGGGGGAAAGUUUGACAAUGGAGGUCGCUUUGACUUGCGUCUUCCGUACGCUGAUCAAGGUUACGUGGACGAUGAUGCUGAUGUAAUGGGAAAGAUUAGCGCAUUUUUCGGCGGUGGCACGAAAAAGAAGGUUGCAACGGUGAAGCCUCCAGAGGAGCCGAAAACGAAAAAAGAACUAGCUAUUGAAGGAGCUGGUCUUUUGUGA